CCCAGCAGAGGUCGCUGCGCUGUGCGGGCUCUCCCGGCGGCGACCGCUGGCGCCCGGCCCCGCGCGCGGCCCGGCCCGUCCCGGCCCCGCCAUGGCGUUCACGUUCGCGGCGUUCUGCUACAUGCUGGCGCUGCUGCUCACCGCCGCCCUCAUCUUCUUCGCCAUCUGGCACAUCAUCGCCUUCGACGAGCUGAAGACGGACUACAAGAACCCCAUCGACCAGUGCAACACGCUCAACCCCACAGUUGAAAAGGUCAAAAAGAUUAAAAGAGUCAAAAUUGCGUUAAAGCUUGUACUUCCAGAGUACCUCAUCCAUGCAUUCUUCUGUGUUAUGUUUCUCUGUGCAGCAGAGUGGCUUACACUGGGUCUCAAUAUGCCUUUGUUGGCUUAUCAUAUUUGGAGGUACAUGAGCAGACCCGUGAUGAGCGGCCCCGGUCUGUACGACCCUACGACCAUCAUGAAUGCAGACAUUUUAGCCUAUUGCCAGAAGGAAGGAUGGUGCAAGUUAGCAUUCUACCUUCUAUCUUUUUUUUACUACUUAUACGGCAUGAUUUAUGUUCUGGUGAGCUCUUAAGAAGACAUUCAGCAAGCUUUGUUCCAUUUAAGUGCAUGCAAAAGCCAUGAAACAUGGAUUAUUUACAAUGAGGCCGUCUCACCAAGAUUAAAUACGGAAUCUGAUGAUUGCAUUUGCAUUAGAAAACAAUGGCUCCCCUAUUUUUAAAAUGUUUCCACAUUUUAUACUUGUGGAAAGACUGUUUUCUUAUAUUUUACUGGGACACUGAAAUUAAAAGAAUUACAUAUACAUUAGUAUAA